CAUAAAAAAGUUGUGUUUCAUUAAUGAGAUCAGAGUUUAAAAUGUUUGUGAUUUAUUACAAAGUUUAUAUAUAUUUACAUUUUUUAAAGGUAUAAUAUUUCUAAAGAUAAUGAGGUAUACAUAGAGUGGAUACGAAAUCAAUCGUUGAACGAUGGCUGGUAAAAACGGACCGAAAUUAGAGCAACGAAUUCAGUGUAUAAAAUUUACCAUCUUCUGUUUGAAUGCCAUCAUAUGGUUACUGGGCAGUGCAUUAUUCGGCUUAUGCAUGUGGCUGAGGCUGGAUCCAAGUUUUGAGGAAUGGGUCGAUUUCCUUAAUAUGUAUGAAUUUUAUAUCGGAGGUUACAUUUUACUUGCAGCCUCGAUAUUUAUUAUAAUUAUUACACUGCUCGGUUGCGCCGUUGCUCUGAUGGAGCACAUCCUUGGUCUCUAUGUCUAUGUAGGCCUGCAAUUAGCUUCUUACGUCCUCGGCCUCGUAGGAACGGCAAUUCUUCUCGAUUAUUCCACCUACGAUAGCAAAAUUCAGCCGCUCAUACGACGAUCUAUGACUGAUCUCAUCAGUAGAUCCCACGAUGGAAGGGCGACAUAUAUUUUGCAAUUGAUUCAAGAAAGUAUCGGUUGCUGUGGUGCCGAUGGACCCAUGGAUUACUUGACCCUGAGAAAACCAUUACCUACUGAAUGUAGAAAUUCUGUUACUGGAAAUGCCUAUUUUCAUGGAUGCGUCGAAGAGAUUUCAUGGUUUUUGGAAGCCAGAUCGGGUUGGGUGGCCGGUUUGUCAUUGACUUUGUGUCUGUUGCAUGUAGUAAUAGCCGCCCUCAGCUUAACUCUUAUCCGAGCUAUUAAAAAGGAAGAACAACUUGUAGUAUCAUAUAAACGUUAAUUUUCAUUGAUUCCUGAGUUACUUUAUGUUUCAUUGAGAUUUAUUAAAGUACUCACCUUAUGAAUUGGAA